ACGUCUUACAGGAGAAAAUGCUUAUGUUGCAUUCUUUUCUGAUUUAAUACUGCAAUGCAAAAAUUUCAUUACAAAUGAUAUUGUCAGCAUAACUACUUGGUUUGGGAAUUGCUUUGUAUUUUGUAUUUGCUUUUAAUCAGUGCAGCUUGAGCUGCAGGAACUCCAAGAUUGUGUGAAACGUGAUGAUCAUGUUCUCAAACAUUCAUGAAUCAUCCAAAUAGUUUCCUGUGCUUCAGUGGAAGAAAAACAUCUUUUAAAUUCACACAGUACAGUAAAUGUCACUAAAUCUGACAUAUUUAUGCUGUUUUAACUUUACUUUGUUUAACAUUUUCCUUUUUGGAAAACGAAGUUGCACUUACUUGAUCAAAAGCAUUAAAAACAGUGUUUUUCCAUUGAACAGGAUGAAAAGGGGACGAUCAAAGUGUCAGAACUUCACCCCGUCUGAGCGCAGAAGCAAAAGACACAGGAGUGGCGCGCCAACGUAUGUCCAGACGGGCUCCUCCGCCUCACAGAAACCCACUGAGGAGACGUGGGGCAACCUGCCACACCACGUAGUCCUGCACAUAUUCCAGUACCUGUCUCUGGUGGACCGGGCUCGAGCGUCUUCCGUGUGCCGCCGGUGGAACGACGUCUUUCACAUCCCUGAUCUCUGGAGGAGAUUCGAGUUCGAGCUGAACCAGCCAGCCACGUCGUACCUGAGAUCCACACACCCAGAUCUCAUCCAGCAGAUCAUCAAACGACACGCUCAGCACCUGCAGUACGUCAGCUUCAAGGUUGACAGCUGCACCGAAUCUGCAGAAGCAGCCUGUGACAUCCUCUCACAGCUGGUGAACUGCACCAUUAAGACACUAGGUCUGAUUUCCACAGCACGGCCAAGCUUCAUGGACGUGUCCCAGUCACACUUUGUCUCGGCUCUGACGGUGGUGUUUGUGAAUUCCAAGUCCCUAUCCUCUAUAAAAAUUGAUGACACACCGGUUGAUGACCCUUCCCUGAAGGUACUGGUCGCCAACAACAGUGACACGCUCAAGCUGCUGAAGAUGAGUAGCUGUCCUCAUGUAUCUCCUGCAGGCAUCCUGUGUGUGGCGGAUCAGUGUCACGGCCUUCGCGAACUGGCUCUUAACUACCACCUGCUGAGCGACGAGCUUCUGCUGGCGCUGUCCUCCGAGAAGCACGUCCACCUGGAGCACCUGCGCAUCGACGUGGUGAGCGAGAACCCGGGCCAGACGCAGUUCCACACCAUCAAGAAGAGCAGCUGGGACGCCCUCAUCCGCCACUCGCCCCAGGUCAACAUCGUCAUGUACUUUUUCCUUUACGAGGAGGAGUUCGAGCCCUUCUUCCGCGAGGAGACGCCCGUCACGCACCUGUACUUCGGCCGGGCCGUCAGUAAAGACAUGCUGGGCCGCAUCGGGCUGAACUGCCCGCGUCUCGUGGAGCUGGUGGUGUGCGCCAACGGGCUGGAGCCGCUGGACGAAGAGCUGAUCCGCAUCGCUGAACGCUGCAAGAGCCUGACGGCCAUCGGCCUGGGCGAGUGCGAGGUCACCUGCAGCGGCUUCAUGGAGUUCGUGAAGAUGUGCGGCGGCCGCUUGAGCCAGCUGUCCAUCAUGGAGGAGGUGCUCAUCCCUGACAACACCUACAACAUCGAGCAGAUCCACAGCGAGGUCUCCAAACAACUGGGUCGGAUUUGGUUCCCUGAUAUGAUGCCCACGUGGUAAAAACGCACUCUAGAUAUCCACUCUGGACUACCUGUGCAAACGUUUGGCAGGCACGGCAGCCAUUAGACUGAACCGGCUAAUUAAAAUUUAGCAUGGGAAACGGAACAUCUGGAUCAUUAGUGUGGAAGCGCUGCUGUAAAAACAUGAUUUGCGAUUGGAUCUCAGAGACGGGAUUUCAAUGCAAAGUGUUUACAGUUCCACACAAGUGCGCACACGUGAAACAGGGUUUUUAUGUGAAAUUCACAGGCACGGCAAAUGGCCCUGUGGGACUUGUUAAAGAGCUUGUAUUUUUUGGUUUAACCAUUCUUUUGUGGGCUAAACAGAAUAGGACUGGACAAUAAACAAUAUCCUAUUGAGAUCACGGUAAAAUUCAUGACAAUAAUAAUACGCUUUGGACUAGGAUUAAUCUAACAGCAGAAAUAAAGCGGACAACAGUAGCCAGUGCAUGUCGCUAAUAAAUCCAAUUGUUGUGUGUGAACAGCUGCUGGGUUUAAAACAACCUAGCGCUGGGCAAAAUGUGGACAAACCCAGCAAUUGGGUUGUUGUGACCCACCGUUUGGAUUAAAUGUUUAACCCAGCCUUUUGGGUAGUAACCCAGCCUCUGGGUCAAAGCAAGCCAAUCGCUGAAUUUGUCCAUAUUUUACCCAGCACUGGGUUGUAUUGAUCCCAGCAUUUUUUAGAGUCAAUGAAUGACGUAGUUUAGUCUGAUACUAAAACUCACCUGACGCUUGCAGUUUUUGCAUGAACUUGAACUUCAUCUCCAGAGCUCAUCACUUCAGCAGCUUUACACCGUUUCAUUUGAGAAAAACUACACUCUAAAAAAUGCUGGGUUAAAAAAAAAAACCCAGCGCUGGGUAAGAUAUGAACAAACCCAGUGAUUGGGUUGUUUUGACCCAGCAACUGAGUUAAAUGUUUAACCCAACUUUCUGGGUAUUUUAAUUUCACUCAACUACUGCUUAAAAAUUACUGUUUUUCUUGCUUAAAAUAAACCCAAAAUAUGUUGGAAAUUAACAUUUAUUAAUAUAUUUAAUAAAUGCACAUUUGUUAAAGGAGAAGUCAAACGAUCCCAAAUGUGGUUGUAAACGAUCCCAGCCGAGGAAGGGUCUUAUCUAGCGAAACGAUCGGUUAUUUUCAUUAAAAAAAUACAAUUUAAAUACUUUUUAAUCUCAAAUGCUCAUCUUGUCUUGCUCUGCCAGAGCUCUGUGUAUUCUGACUCAAGACAGUUAGGGUAUGUCGAAAAACUCUGAUCAUAUUUUCUACCUCAACUUCAAAAAUCAUUUCAAAAUCAUCCUACAUCGCUGAAGAAGUCACAGUCUUUGGAAAGCGAACAUGCAAGGAAGCUCAAACACACUAAACAAAAAAGGUAAAACAGCGAAAUAGGACGAUUUUGAAGCUGAGGGAGAACAUGAGAUGGGAGUUUUUUGACAUACCCUAACUGUCAUGAGUAAGACAAGGCAUUAAAAAAUAUAUAAAUUGUAUUAAUUUUGUGAAAAUAACUGAUUGUUUCACUAGAUAAGACCCUUCUUCCUCGGCUGGGAUCAUUUACAACCGCACUUGUGAUCGUUUAAAGCCGCACUUAAACUGCAUUUUGAAAGUUCAAACUCAGGGCACCAUAUCAGUCCAUUAUAUAGAAAAAAUCCUGAAAUAUUUUCUUCAAAAAAACAAUUUUCUUGGAUGACCAGGGAUGAGUACAUUAUCUGUCAAUUUUUGUUCUGGAAGUGGACUUCUCCUUUAAUAAGUUAAAUAAAUAAUAAUUAAAUAAUAAUAAUUUUUAAAAAUGCGUAUGAAUAAAAGUUCACCUUUUGAUUAUUGCUAGUAAUUCUGUGUCUAAUUUUUAAUUUACAAACUAUUUUGGGUUAAUUUUAAGCCAGCCAUAUUGUAGUCUUUAAACAAUAGUUGAGUUACAUAAACUACCCAGAAGGUUGGGUUAAACAUUUAACCCAGCAGCUUUUUUUAAAACAAGCCAGUUGCGGGGUUUGUCCAUAAUUUCACCCAGCGCUGGGUUGUAUUUAACCCAACAUCUUAGAGUGUACAGCCAAACAAACUUAAAGUAAAACUCAGAGCUUCACCACAACCUGUCAAAAUAAAAGUCCUGUUUAACUUGAAGAAAUUAUGACAGAAAUAUAUUACUAUUGCAUACUAAUAUACAAUUCUCAAAGUAAUAAUAGUAUAUAUUUUUUUUAAGAAUAUCAUACAAUCAAGGGACUUUUAUUACUUUAUAAAGUUAUGUUGCUUUCAAUAAAAUGCAAUGUUUUGUUGUAAAUAAAUUUAAUUUGAUUACAUUUUAAAAGCAUGAUCAAACAAUUAAAGUUGUAUUAAUUCAUUUCAUUAGCCGCCAUUUGUUAUGAUACAUUUGUACUGAAUCAUAAAACAGAAUCCAGAAAAAAAUUGGAAAAUAAAAUUAUUGUCUUGCAGUCCUAAAUUAAAAGGUGUUUUACCCGGUGAAAGUUUAAUUGUGAACAAAGUUAUGUUUACAUUUAUUCUCAAGGUCUAACAAACAUGUAGAAAAGUAUUUACUUCCGCAUUAACUAUAAAUAUUGAUGUUGUAUUAUAUGGAAUAUUGUGAUCAUAUUUUUCUCCAUAUCAUCCAGCCCUAAACCUUUUUCUGUGACAACAAAAUAACUUUGCACUUAACUUUUUUUUUAUUUGUACACUAUAUGUGACCCUGGACCACAAAACAUAUGGGCCUUUUUUUUAAAUAGAUGUUAGAAUAGAAUUAAUAGAUGUUUUGUUGGGAUAGACCAAUAUUUGGCCGAGAUACAACUAUUUGAAAAUCCAAGGGUGCAAAAAAAAAAAAAAAAAAAAAAAAAAAUCUAAAUA